GACGUCACAAGCACCACUCCGCGGCUGACACUCGCUGACGCUCGAGCGCGGGAGGAUGGAACAUUUUAGUCAGGAUAUCAAAGAACAAAUCGAUUUCGAGACUCGCGCAAGACCGGAUCGAUAUGGGGUUGACGCGUGCGCCGAGGCUCGACGCCGCGUCGGGACGCCGUUCCCUCCGUAUUUACGAUAGCGGCGGUACCAGCAAAAACCCUGGCGCAAGGGUAAAGAACGGACGAAAGGACGUCGGAGAGAAAGAUGUUUGAACUCUACGGUGUCGGUAAGGAUGGCAUGGUGUAUCACUCACCGCCUCCCAGGAGAAAGGAAGUCGACAUCCUUUCGGAGGUAGGUAGGACGACCUGCCUGCAGCUCUCGUCUCCAGAAUUCAUGAGAAAAUUGCCCAACGGCGAUGCACUUCACCACAUCAAGGACACGGGUGUCUCGACUUCCUUCAACAAGGCCAAAGAACCAUCAAGAGAGAGCAGAGGCAGUGCAGUGAGAAGAUGGAUGGUAAUGACUGGAUUCUUCUUCCUCGGAUGUGCCUUAGUGGCUGGAGUAGGUCUGCCUUUAGCUUUGGAACUUCGAAGUUCUCAUCUGCUGGAAGCUAGACUACAGGUGGUCCGAAGAAUGCUUUCAGAGAUUCCACUGAUCGAUGGACACAACGACUUCGCCUGGAACCUGCGCAAGCACCGCGGCAGCACGAAGCUGGAUAACUUUCCCUUCGACGAGGAUCUGUCGCGCAACAGCAGCUGGGGUCCGCAAUGGCAGACCGACCUGAUCCGUCUGGAGCAGGGGAUCGUCGGGGCGCAAUUCUGGUCGGCCUACGUACCAUGCGAAGCCCAGUUCCUCGAUGCCGUGCAACUCACCCUUGAGCAGAUCGACAUCGUACGCCGGCUCACGUCACGCUACCCCAAACGCGUUCGGCUGGUGAAGACGAGCAGCGAGCUGGAGAACGCACAUCGGGACGGGGUGAUCGCCAGCCUGGUGGGCAUAGAGGGUGGCCACAGCAUCGGCACCUCCAUGGCGGUGCUGAGGAGCUUCCAUCGGCUGGGCGCACGCUACAUGACCCUGACCCACAAGUGCAAUACUCCGUGGGCGGAUUCAUGCUCCGUAGACGAUCCAAAUUCGGAAACACCCUCUGAUUUUCACAGCGACGGUCUCUCGCCGUUCGGCAAGAUGGUCGUCCGAGAGCUGAAUCGGCUCGGUAUGCUUGUGGAUCUCUCUCACGUCUCGGUGAGGACGAUGAAGGACGCCCUUGCUGUGACAAAGGCGCCCGUUAUAUUCUCACAUAGCGCUGCCAAGGCUCUCUGCAAUUCCUCGAGUAACGUCCCAGAUGAUGUGCUGCGAAAUUUGUCUCUCAAUGGUGGUCUGGUUAUGGUCAGUUUCGACAGCGCGCAUUUGAGCUGCAGCGAUAAGGCCUCCAUGUACGACAUUAUAGCUCACAUCAAUCACAUCAGACGAAUAGCUGGAGUGAACCACGUGGGCCUCGGUGCGGGUUACGAUGGGAUAUUGAGGCCACCGACAGAAUUGCCAGACGUUUCCGGCUACCCCUUGUUGCUGGCCGAGCUGACCAGAGACCGUAGAUGGUCCGCGACCGAUAUAAAGAAGCUUGUAGGCGGAAAUUUAUUACGUGUCCUCAAGGAAGUGGAGGAUCACGCGGCGACUCUGUUGCACCAGUUUCCGUCGGAGGAAUGGAUUUCUCAGGAACUCAUCGAGGACAGCGCCUACUGCAGAUAUCACGACACGUAGGAUCGUCUCUUUCUCUCUCUCUCUCUCUCUCUCUCUCUCUCUCUCUCUCUCUCU